GCAAAAAUGGUUUCUGUGGAUGAAGUUCGCAGGGCUCAACGCGCUCAAGGCACUGCCACAAUCAUGGCGAUUGGAACAGCAAAUCCUCCACAUGUUAAUGAUCAAUCCACAUAUCCAGACGCUUACUUUCGGAUGACCAAUUCCCAGCACUUGUCCCACGUCAAAAACAAAAUGCAGCGCAUGUGUGAUAAAACCAUGAUUAGAAAGCGACACAAUUACAUAACUGAAGAAGUUAUGAAAGAAAAUCCGAACAUUAAUUCAUACAAGGCACCCUCAUUGGAUACUAGACAAGAUAUAGCGUUAACACUGAUACCGGAGCUAGGCAAAGAAGCUGCAAUCAAGGCUAUUGAGGAAUGGGGUCAACCCAAAUCGAAGAUUACUCAUUUAAUUUGUUGUAGCACCAUGGGAGCUUUCAUGCCUGGGUACGACUACCAAAUUGUCCAACUCUUAGGCCUUGAUCUAUCUAUUAAGCGAGUCAUGUUGUAUCAACAAGGUUGUAAUGGAGGUGGCACUAUACUUCGUAUCGCUAAAGACUUAGCUGAGAAUAAUAAAGAUGCACGUGUCCUCAUUGUAUGCACUGAAAUAACUAUUGUUGGCUUCCAUUGCCCCACUGAAACCGAUGUUGAUAUCCUUGUGAGUCAUUCGUUAUUUGCAGAUGGCUCUGCCGCUCUCAUAGUUGGUGCUGAUCCGAUUCCUGAUGUUGAAAAGCCUAUUUUUGAACUCAUCUCUACAGCCCCAACAUUAGUGCCUAAUAGCCCUGGAGCUAUUUGUGGGAGUAUUCGUGAGCACGGGCUUACGAUUCAUAUUGGGAAGGAAGUUCCGGACCUUAUUGCAAACAACAUUGAGAAAAAAUUAAUUGAGGUAUUCCACCCUUUAGGUAUCACGGAUUGGAACUCAAUUUUUUGGGCUACACAUCCUGGUGGGCGUGCGAUUUUAGAUCAAGUGGAAACCAAAUUACGCCUUAAACCUGAGAAGUUACAAGCGACUAGACAUGUGCUAGCUGAGUAUGGUAAUAUGUCAAGCGUGACUGUAUUAUUUGUUUUGGAUGAAAUAAGGAAAAAGUCAAUUAAAGCUGGGUCAAAGACUACAGGAGAAGGGUUGGAAUGGGGAGUGCUUUUCGGGUUUGGUCCGGGGCUUACUAUUGAGACAAUGGUCCUCCAUAGUGUCAACAUAGCUUAA